UUUUAGAAAAUGGAUUUUUUUUUUUAGUAUAAAUAAUGUCAGUGUUGAGUCUCGUGCCGGAAGAAAAACGUAGGGACCAGAGAAAUUCCCUAGAGAGCGUGUACAGCAGCAACUCUCGACUCAAUUUGCUUAACAAACGCAAACGCCUGAACCCAAUACUGGAUAUGUCGAAUCAAUCUAUUAACAAGGGGGAUAAAUAUGUAACCCAACGUGUAUUAUCAGCAAAGACGCACAGAGUCAAACAAUUACAAAACCAACUUGCUGACGCCCAUUAUCAUUUACAAGAACUAAGUAAUGAGAACAAAGUGCUUCGUGCGUUACAAAAGAAACAGGAAAUAGCCCUACAGAGAUAUGAAAACUCCAACGCAGAACUACCUCAGGUGCUAAACUCUCACAAUGAAGAGAUGAGGAUACAGCAAAGUAAAUAUAAGCAACUGAAGCAGCAGUUCAAGGAAGCGUCGAUGAAGUUAAAAGAGAAAGACAUACAGCUGCAACAGCUGAGAGAUGACCACCAGCAUUUAUUAGAUUUGAGUAAGGACAGAAAUCUUCUUGAUCGCGAGAAACUGCAAGCCCAAGUAACAGAUUUAACAGCGAAAGUCCAGCAACAGAACGAAACUAUAAGCAUGCUGCAAAGAAGAAUAGCGUUAGAGGCUAAGAACUUCAAGCACCAGUUACAAGCUGAGAUAAACAAACAUAAAGACACGAGACACGACUUGGAUCUAGCUAUCACCAAUGCUGAUAAGCUGUCCACUAUUAUAGAGAUAAAAGAAAAAAUGCUCAGCACUGCGGCCAGUAGAGGUGGUAAAUCACCGACUAAAGUGCCAUCGCUUAUGAAUUUAGCUCGUCCUGUUAGUAAGACAGGAAAAGAGGCGACACAUCGAAAUGAUGAAAGAGCUAAUAUAAUUCAAACGGAACAAAAUAUUCUUGCCAAGUUAUGUGAAAACUCACGUAAUGUCAGUAGUUCGUUGUCUCACGAGGAAGACACUAGUUCUUCUACUGAACCACGCUCAAGAUACAUUUCAAGUCGUUCUUCAACAAGUACUCGUACUACACCUAAUCCAAUGAGAAAAGGUUCUAAAAGUUCCGAUGGAAUUAUAGAACUUGCAAAAACCGUACAAGACGGCAUGGCUGAUUUAACAAUCAUUGACGAUAACUUAAAAAAUUCUACACCAGAGGAAAUGCAAAAGAGAAUGGAAGCUAUGAAACUGGAUCUUAUGAACAAAAUAAAGAAUAACGAAGAACCUUGUUCAAGGAAAUCAAGUGCUAUAAGGAGAAUGUCUACUGAGGAAUCGAUUGAAGAACAAAUUGUUGAAGAAGUUGCAAUAGAAAGACCAAAGUCUAGAGGAAGGAGGAAUUCUACAGUUUCCUUUUAUGAUAAUUCAUAUUCUGAUACAGGAAACAAUUACAGUACUGGCGAUGAAGGCGAUAAAGUACAUCUAAAGCGUGAGAUAAGUAUCGUUGAUAAGAAGACAGCAACAAAACCUAUCGAAAAAUAUUGCAAAGAUAUUAUACAAGAUAUUGAGAAAAGCAGCAAAGUUAUUGAUGUUCAUAUGAAACAAUUUAGUCAGUCUAAGUACGCAGGCGACAAAUUAGUAGAACAACUCCAAGCUGUGGAUAAACUGAAUCAGUUCGUAAAUGGAAGCGGAGAUAUUCCAACUGAGACAUUAACAGAAUUGAAUAAUAAUUUUAAAAUGUUAACUGAGCAGGUUUUCACUGAAACAGUACCAGUAGCUAGAAAACGUUCUCUCUCCAGUAGAAAAAAUUCUCGUAUCGAAUCUAAAACAAAUUUUCUAGGAGACGCUAAUAUGAGCAAUCAAGAUUUACUAGACGAUCUACUAGGAAAGAAAUGAUAUACGGCAUUUCCUUAAAGGAUUUGUGUGUUAUAUAGACUAAUAACCAUUUGCCAGAGAUUAGGAUUAGAACAUAGAAUUUAUUAUUCUUAAUUCAAACCGCAUGGCAAUAAUUCCGAAUUUUUAUAGAUACUUUUAUACAAGGAUAAAUCAGAGUCAAAGUUCGUUGCCCAUUCGAUAAUUUAUUACUUCUGUUCUUAAACAAAGAAAUCGCCACAGUAAUUUAUAUGCAAAUAAAUAUUAGUCUUAUAUCUAUAAACAAUUACGAUUUUAACGUGAUAAUGUUUUAUGGAGACUUUAAUUACUCAUCAUGUCAUGAUUAGAUCUUCUGAUUGGCUUCAUUUUGAGAAUUGAUGUUGAAACAUUUCGAAAUAUGAACUAAAACUAUUUAAAAACUUUCUUUGGAAAACUAUGUUCCCAUUGUUAUUGAUACAGAGGUCAUAAAUAUCAUAAAUAUAUCGUCUAUGUUGCAUGUUUUAUGCUCUAAGCUCAGAUCAAACAUCACGCUGAUAUAAUUGUUUGUUAACCAAUAGGAAAACAGACGAAAUUAUGAGACAAUAUUUAGUUUUUGUAUCGUAAUCCGUAAAAUUUAUAAUAUUUUUGACAAAUAAUUCUUAUACGUCUAUAUAUAAUAUAAAAACUUUAGUUCAUAUUAUAUAUAUUAUUUAUUCAAAAGUAAAGAAUAUAAACGUAACGAGCUAUAUCGCACCGAUUUCACAUCGUUUCAAGUGGAUGAGUUUUCGGCGUGAGUUAUUUUCGUUUUAAUUGUUAUUCCUUGACUGAACGAUUUUUCGGUCGUUAUUUACUUUAUCCUAUUAAUUAUUUUUCGACUUUAACCGUCUAUGUGUUCUGUGUUUGCGAGAUUUGUAGCGAAUUGCUUUAUAUUUAUUGUUUUCUUUAUUUGAAUCGUUAAUGAUUAAACUAUAUUUUGGCCUUUUCCUGUACUAUUUAUAAUAUUUUAGUGCGCUGAUUUUUAUAUAAAUUAGCUUUAGUUAUUAAAUACAAAGGUAGAUAGACAAAAAUAUAUUAUAUUUUGA